AGUAAAAAAUUCAACGUUAAUUGCAUAUGAAUGUGCAUCUAAAUGGGCUGGCAUUGAUAACGAUUUAAAGAAAAUGUUGAUCAAGAAUAAAUAUCAAUUGCCAUGGAUUCCUUAUGAUGAAUUCAAUGUCGUUCAGAUGAUAGGGAAAGACCAAAGUUUUGUUCCCUGUUAA